UUUUCCUAGGAUUGAAUGGUAAGGAACAUUCUCUUUCUAGGGCUCUAAUUCCUUUGAAGAGGUGACUGUUGACUUCACAGAGGAGGAAUGGGCACUGUUGGAUCCCAGACAGAGGGCCUUAUGCAGUGAAGUCCUGAUGGAGGUUUCUAGGAAUAUGGCUACUCUGACAGGUGGUGGGCUGGAGAAUGAGAAUGACAAGCAGAUGAGAUUAAUGCCACUGCAAACAACAAAGCAUGAAGUACAAGAAAUAAUGUUUGACUAUGAAGGGGAUCCAAUAAGUCAAGAGAGAGGACACUCAGAAGAUAUGGGGGACAGUUCCCCCACUUCUCUGCCUAUUGAAAUCCAUGGCUUCCUGACCCAACAAGGUCAGAAAGGGAAGAAAAAGGGAAAAUCCAGCAAAAGGGGGGAAAAUAAGUUUGAUUUGCCUGAGUAUAGCAGAUGUCAAACUAAAGGCUUUAUAAAUUAUGGAAAAUACAUCAAUAAUUUCUUCUCUUUUACUUUACUUAAGAAACUGUAUAGGAAAUACAAAUCACAUACGUUUAUAAAAGUUGGUAAGGAUUUCAAUCUGAGCAGAGAUAUGAAACUCUGCAUGAAGUCUGGAAAGAACUUCACUAUCAACAGUAUUUUUAAUCAUCAAAGGAUCCACAAAAGGGAGAGAACAUAUAAAUUCAUGGAGUGCGGAAAAAGCUUUUGUCAGGAUAGAAUUCUUACUCAUCAUAAAAGGAUCCACAUGGGUGAAAGACCAUAUAAAUGCCUAGAGUGUGGAAAGGGAUUUACUCGAAAAGGACAUCUUACUUGUCAUGAAAGGAUCCACACAGGAGAAAAACCUUAUAAAUGUACUGAGUGUGGAAAAGCCUUCAGAACAAAGGGCCAUCUGAUUCGUCAUAACAGGAUCCACACAGGGGAGAAAACAUAUACUUGCAGGGAGUGUGGAAAGCGAUUCAUUGAGAAUAGAGAUCUUAUUACCCAUCAAAGGAUCCACACAGGGGAGAGUCUAUAUAAAUGCCCUGUCUGUGGAAAGAGCUUUACUCAGAAAGGACAGUUUAAUUCUCAUCAAUGGGUUCACACCGGGGAGAAACCUUAUAAAUGCUCAGAGUGUGGAAAGGGCUUCAGUACAAACUGUAAUCUGGCUCGCCACCAAAAGAUCCACACAGGGGAAAGACCAUAUAAAUGCCUGGAGUGUGGAAAGAGCUUUACUCAGAAAGGACAGUUUAAUUCUCAUCAAUGGGUUCACACCGGGGAGAAACCUUAUAAAUGCCCAGAGUGUGGAAAGGGCUUCAGUACAAACUGUAAUUUGGCUCGCCACCAAAAGAUCCACACAGGGGAAAGACCAUAUAAAUGCCUGGAGUGUGGAAAGAGCUUUUUUGACAAUAAAGAUCUUACUCGCCACCAAAGAAUCCACACGGGAGAUAAACCUUAUAAAUGCCCAGAGUGUGGAAAGGGCUUCAGUACAAACUGUAAUUUGGCUCGCCACCAAAAGAUCCACACAGGGGAAAGACCAUAUAAAUGCCUGGAGUGUGGAAAGAGCUUUUUUGACAAUAAAGAUCUUACUCGCCACCAAAGAAUCCACACGGGAGAUAAACCUUAUAAAUGCCUGGAAUGUGGAAAGAGCUUUGCUCAGAAUAAAGAUCUUACUCGCCACCAAAGAAUCCACACGGGAGAUAAACCUUAUAAAUGCCUGGAAUGUGGAAAGAGCUUUGCUCAGAAUAAAGAUCUUACUCGCCACCGUGACCCAAUGGAGAAGGAGAAGCAGGAGAGGUUAAUGCCGCUGCAAACAUUAAAUUAUGAAGUAGAAGUGAUGUUUGGCCAUCAAGGGAAUCAAAAAACAAAAGAAAGAAGCCAUUCAGAAGGUGGAGAGGAAAAGAUCUCCACAUUGCAUUCCUUUUCUCUUACUUUACGUAAGAACCUUUUUAGGAAACACAAGGCACAUACCAUUGUGAAAUUGGGGAAGGUUUCCGGUCUGAAAAAAAAGACUAAAAUAUGCACAAAGUAUGGAAAUAACUUUAGUAGUAAGAGUAGUCUUAAUGGCCAUCAAAGGAUCCAAAAAGGGGAGAGAAUUUACCAACGCCUGGAUUAUGGAAAGAGCUUUUUUGACAAUAAAGUCCUUACUCAUCGGCAAUGGAUUCAUACAGGGGAUAAACCGUAUAAAUGCUUGGAGUGUGGAAAGAGCUUCCAUUUCAGGAGUAGUAUUUAUCGCCAUGAGAGGAUCCAUAGAGGGGAGAAAAAACUUAGUUGCAAGGAGUGUGGAAAGAGAUUUUUUGACAAUAGAUCUCUUACUACCCAUCAAAGAAUCCACCUUGGGGAGAGACCAUAUAAAUGUCUGGAGUGUGGAAAGAGCUUUUUUGACAACAAGGUCCUUACUCGUCACCAAUGGAUCCACACAGAGAAUAAACCAUAUAAAUGCUUUGAGUGUGGAAAGAGUUUUAUUCAGAAAGGACAACUUAAUUCUCAUAAAAGGAUGCACACAGGGGAGAGACCGUAUAAAUGCAGAGUGUGUGGAAAGAGCUUCCGUUUGAAAAGUUAUCUUAACCACCAUGAGAGAAUCCACAGAGUGGAGAAAAAACAUGUCUGCAGCGAGUGUGGAAGGAGAUUCUUAGAGAAAAGAAUUCUUACUAUCCAUCAAAGGAUCCACACAGGGGAGAGACCUUAUAAAUGCAUGGAUUGUGGAAAGAGCUUUAUUUUGAAAGGAAAACUUAAUUCUCAUAAAAGAAUUCAUACUGGGGAAAGGCCAUAUAAAUGCUUGGAGUGUGACAAGAGCUUUUUUGACAACCAGGUACUUACUCAUCAUCAAAGGAUUCAUACAGGGGAUAAACCAUAUAAGUGCCUAGUUUGUGGAAAGUGCUUUAUUGAGAAAGGAAAACUUAAUUAUCAUAAUAGAAUCCACACAGGGGAGAAACCCUAUAAAUGCAUAGUGUGUGGAAAGCAAUUUACUCAGAAAGAAAAUCUUACUAAUCAUGAAAGAAUCCAUACAGGAGAAAAACCAUAUAAAUGCACAGAGUGUGGAAAAAACUUCCGUAGCAAGCCUAGUCUUAAUAGCCAUCAAAGGAGCCACAUGGCUGAGAAACCAUAUAGUUGUGAGGAAUGUGGAAAGUCCUUUGAUUUAAUAGGAAAACUUAAUUCUCAUAAAAGGAUUCACACAGGAGAGAAACCUUAUGAAUGCACACAGUGUGGAAAGAGCUUUACUCAGAAACAACUACUUAAUGCUCAUCAAAGGCUCCACUCAGGAGAGAGACUGUAUAAAUGCACAGAGUGUGGAAGGAGCUUCAGAACAAACACGCAUCUGGCUCGACACUUAAAGAUUCACACGGGGGAUAAACCAUAUAAAUGCCUGGAGUGUGGAAAGAGCUUUAUUCAGAAAGGACAGCUUAAUUCUCAUAAAAGAUUCCACACAGGAGAGAGACCCUAUAAAUGUAUGGAGUGUGGAAAGAGCUUUUUUGAGAAUAAAGUGCUUACUUGUCACCAAAAGAUCCAUACAGGGAAUAAACCAUUUAAAUGCACAGAGUGUGGAAGGAGCUUCAGAACAAACACGCAUCUGGCUCGACACUUAAAGAUUCACACGGGGGAUAAACCAUAUAAAUGCCUGGAGUGUGGAAAGAGCUUUAUUCAGAAAGGACAGCUUAAUUCUCAUAUGGAGUGUGGAAAGAGCUUUUUUGAGAAUAAAGUGCUUACUUGUCACCAAAAGAUCCAUACAGGGAAUAAACCAUUUAAAUGCACAGAGUGUGGAAAGAGCUUCAUUCAGAAAGGACAACUUACCGGUGGGAACAUACAUCUAGAGAACAUAGGUUGGUAUGGUGUAGUGGUCUGUGGAAAUGAUGUUAGGGGAAUGGUUGAAGAUCUAUACUGA